GAGAAACGCCCCUGUCAGUAGGCCGCACUCAUGGCAUGUGGCCAAGCUGCUGGAGGGAUGCCCUGAAGCGGCCACCACCAUGCAUUUCCCUUCUGAAGCCUUCAGCUUGUCCUGGCAUUCCGGCUGCAACACGAGUGACGUGUGUGUGCAGUGGUGCUCACUUUCCCGCCACUGCAGCACUGAGAAAAGCAGCUCCAUUGGCAGCAUGGAGAGCCUGGAGCAACCAGGCCAAGCUACCUAUGAGGGCCACCUCUUGCCCAUCGAUCAGAACAUGUACCCCAACCAGCGUGACUCGGCCUAUAGCUCCUUCUCAGCCAGCUCAAACGCCUCUGACUGUGCCCUUUCCCUCAGGCCAGAGGAGCCGGGCUCCGCAGACUGCCUCACGCAAGGCCUGGGGCCACCUAAAGCCCCUCAUGGCCAGCCCAGUGUGACCGAGACCUCAGGAGGUAGCCGGCGCAGCGACGGGGGCCACCUGACUCCCAGCUCCCAGAUGUCAUCCCGCCUGCAGGAGGCCCACCCCUCGGGGCCUGCCAAGGCUGCCGGAGGUCCGCCACAGCCUCCAGUGAGGCGAGAUAGUCUCCAGGCCUCCAGAGCCCCGCUCCUCAACGGAGAGCAGCGCAGGGCUUCUGAGCCUGGGCACGCGUCGCAGCCGAAGGAGAAAGUGAGCUUAGACACCGUGCUAUCCCCAAGGAACCCUAACAGGUUCUGCUGCCUCAGCGGGCAAGACCAAGUGACAAACGAGGGCCAUCAGAACUGUGAGCUCAGCCAAGCUCCUGAACCCAGCCAGCAGGACUCUGAGCAUCUACUGAUGGAGGCCUCGGCCAAAGCGGUCGGAUUCCCAAAAGUGUAUGACAAAGCUUCCAGCAUAGAUUCCAGCCCCCUCAGCAAGGCUUCAGCCGAGCUAGCUAAGGCUUCUUCUUUUGGCAGCGCUCCACACGUCACAGGACCCACAGGGCACCGCCACAGUGCCCCGGAACAGCUGCUGGCGUCCCACUUACAGCAUGUACACCUUGAUACCAGGGGCAGCAAGGGCACGGAGCUCCCAGCCGGGCCGGCCGGCCGUGAGUGGACUCUGUCACCUUUGCAUGGCAACCACGCGGGGAAGGGAAGUCCGUGUGUCCCUACAGGAGGAGCCCAGGACCAGCCCAGCAAAGACGGAAAGGCCAGGCAGGUGGAUGAUAGGCCCUUGGGUUCAGGGCAGCCGAGCGCAAGCAGUUCCCCACACACAGAGGCUGACGGACACCCUCCAGAGAAAGGCUUCCAGGACCCGAGCAGAGCGUGCCGAGCAGGCAGUGAACUAGCCAGCCAGCAGCCCUCCUCUGCCUCUGGAUCCCUUGUCCCACAAGCCAGGGGUUGUUCUUCCACCACUAAAGGAGCUGGUAGCACAGGGGCCACUGAAGAAGGGGACAACGAACCCAAGGAAUGUGGCCGGGGGGACGGUAGGCGGAACGGAGGGCCCCGGGGCCGCUCAAUCCAAAACCGGCGGAAGAGUGAGCGUUUUGCUACCAAUCUGCGUAAUGAAAUCCAGAGGAGGAAGGCCCAGCUCCAGAAAAGCAAGAAUCCCUUGCCGCAGCUGUGUCAGGAGACCGAGGAGCCCCUAGAAAGUACUCCACCUCCUGCCUCCAGCUCAUCGCUUCUGUCCUCAUGUACAAAACCACUCAGCCCCAGAGACAAGCUCGUCAACAGGAGCAUGAUGCUCAGGGCUCGGUCUUCAGAGUGCCUCAGCCAAGCCCCAGAGAGCCAUGAAUCUAGGACAGGUUUGGAGGGACAAAUAAGCCCCGGCCGGAGGCCUGGCCCGCCCUCCGUGAGCCUGAACACCUGGUGGAAAGCAUCGGACCCCUCGUCCUCAGACUCUGCGAAGACAAGUGUUCACCGCGGAGUCCGCGGAGGUCACUGGAGGUGGUCUCCAGAGCACACCCUGCAGCCACAUGUGGCACGAGCCGUGGAAGGCCCUCCUAACCCAGGUGACAGCAAGGAAUUGAAGGCUUCUGCUGCCCAAGCUGGGGAGGAAGCUAUCCUCUUGCCCUUUGCCGACAGAAGAAAGUUCUUUGAAGAGACUAGCAAAUCCUUAUCUACAUCUCAUUUGCCAGGUUUAACCACUCAUAGCAAUAAGACUUUUACCCAGAGACCAAAGCCUCUAGACCCAAACUUCCAGCCGAUGAGCUCCAGCUAUAGGGAGUUGAGGCGCCAUCCGAUGGACCAGCCCUACCAUUCCACAGACCAGCCAUAUCGUGCCCCAGACCAAUCCUAUCAUUCUCUGUCACCCCUUCAGCCAGAAACCCCCACCUACUCAGAAUGUUUUGCAAGCAAAGGUCUAGAACAAUCCAUGUGCUGCAAGCCGCUGCGCUGUGGUGAUUUUGAUUACCGCAGGACCUGCUCUUACUCCUGCAACAUCCAGGGAGCUGUAGUCCAUGACGCUUGCAUUUAUUGUUCUGGGGAACUCUGCCCUGCUCUGCGAAAGAGAAACAUGAUGCCAAACUGCUACAACUGUCGAUGCCACCACCACCCGUGUGUCCGGUGUUCAGCUUGCUGUCAUAAUCCCCCGCACGGUGGCCCCGAGGACGGCAGCCUGGCGCCCGGCAACACCUGGAAGCCCAGGAAGCCGACAGUGCAGGUGAGGCCUUGGUUCUUGGAUGGGUUUGCUUCGUUAUUCUCCCGAACAGCUCUUCAGUGGGAAACAAGUUCAAAACAGUGGUUACCUACAGAAGGUGCCACAGAGAUUGAGGGGAAAAGGCAUGAGGGAACAUUGUCAGAUGCUGAUAAUGAUCUGUAUCUUGGGGAGGGGGGCCUUACUGCGCCAUCUAGGGCCUCCGAUACAAUGUUUCGUAGAAGUGUUUACAGAAAUGAUGUUAUCCGAAACAUGGGGCCAUCUGCAACGUGCUCGGUUUACACAAUCCCCGUCUUGCUGUUCUGCAGGGAAAUGGCUCAUUCCAAGGCUAGCUUUCCGUGGGCAACCCCGUCCCAUCCUUGCCUUGAGAACCCGGCACUGGACUUCUCAAGCUACCGAGCGAUCUCUUCCCUUGACCUUCUCGGAGACUUCAAGCACUCUUCAAAAACAACAGAGGAAACUUCUGCCUGUGAGGAGGGGAGCUCCGUGGCCUCCAUGCCCCGCCCGCUGCGUAGCCGUGCCUUCUCAGAGAGCCACAUCAGCUUGGAGCUGCAGAGCUCCCGGGCCUGCGGGCAGCAUAGGAGGGAGCCCUUUACCAAAGCUGAUGAGACCCAGCCGGAUCCUCCGGGAGCCCGGAAGAAGGCCUUUCCUCCUCCUCGCCCGCCUCCUCCCAACUGGGAGAAGUACAGGCUCUUCCGAGCAGCCCAGGAGCAGCAGAAGCUGCAGCGAGAGGAGGAGGAGGAAGAGGAAGAAGAGGAAGAAGAGGAGGAAGGGGGAGAGGAGGAGGGGGAGGAGGAGGAGCUCCCACCCCAGUAUUUCAGUUCAGAAACCGCUGGUACCGGAGCCCUCCAUCCUGAAGAGGUCCUGGAGCACCCACAACCCCUGGGCUUUGGCCACUUGGAGGCUUCGAGGCAGGGCUCACAGAGCCUCCCAGCAGAGCAAGAGUCCUUUGGUCUCCAUCCCAGCGAUUUCCUGCCUCCAAUAAGGGGCCACUUGGGAUCUCAACCUGAGAAGGCUCAACCCCCUUGCUGUUACGGUGCGGGUGGGCUUUGGAGGACAUCAGAGAAGGAGACCACUGAUCCCCCCAAACCAGAAGCCUCGAUGGCAGAAGAGCCCAAACCCAAGCCAGCGUGGAACCAGAGCUACUUCUUUCCACAGGAGCAGUUCACUUUCAUGGGCUGGGGCUCUGAGAAGCAGCACCUCAGCCCCACGGGCUUCAGUGAACCGAAGACAACAGGGUCUGCCGCUACACUUGUCAAGCCCCUGGGUGCCACUGGUUCCAUUUUUUCCCCAUUUCAUUCUGCAACCGUGGAGGAGGCUGGGGCCACUGGGGAUAUGGCAGAAGUGGAGAGAUGCUAUCCUUUCCCAGGCCGAAGGCCUGCCUCACAGGCAGUCUCAGAAGAGCUCAUGAGAGAUGUGGUAGGCCGUGACAAGUCCCUGGCAGGGGUGUUAACCCCAGCCUCCAGCAUGGUGACCACUGCUGAGGUCAUGGGUGACCUCUUUGCUGUGGGAGAUCUGCAAUGGACGGGCCAUUUCAAGCAGGAGUGGCACCACCAGGAAAGAAGAAAUUAUGCAAGUGUCCAGGAAAGCCAUGGGGUGCCUUUACAAGAAUUUCAGCACUUCUCGCCUCCUCCGGGGGCCCCAGGGAUCCCUACCUCUUACUCAGCUUAUUACAAUAUUUCUGUGGCCAAGGCAGAACUGUUGAACAAGUUGAAAGACCAACCCGAGAUGGCAGAGAUUGGCCUGGGAGAGGAAGAAGUUGACCACGAACUGGCUCAAAAAAAGAUACAGCUUAUUGAAAGCAUCGGCAGAAAGCUUUCUGUCCUGCGGGAGGCCCAGCGAGGACUGCUAGAGGACAUCGGUGCCAAUUCUGCCCUUGGGGAGGAGGUGGAGGCCAAUCUAAAAGCGGUCUGUAAAUCCAACGAGUUUGAAAAAUACCAUUUGUUUAUCGGGGACCUGGACAAAGUGGUCAACCUAUUGCUGUCCCUCUCUGGACGACUGGCCCGGGUGGAGAAUGCUCUCAACAGCAUCGAUUCAGAGGCCAACCAGGAGAAGUUGGUGCUGAUAGAGAAGAAGCAGCAGCUGACAGGGCAGUUGGCAGAUGCCAAGGAGCUGAAGGAGCAUGUGGACCGCCGCGAGAAGCUGGUGUUUGGCAUGGUCUCCCGCUACCUGCCUCAGGACCAGCUCCAAGAUUACCAGCACUUUGUGAAGAUGAAAUCUGCUCUCAUCAUCGAACAGCGAGAGUUGGAAGAGAAGAUCAAGCUUGGGGAAGAGCAGCUCAAAUGUCUCAGGGAGAGCCUGCUCCUGGGGCCCAGCAAUUUCUAAUUCCACCAACAGAUUGACCCGCCGUCGCUGCCCAGCCACAAUGGGAAGUGCUUUCAAUCUUUGUUAGCAGUUCGUUAGCAAGUAGAUAGCAGUUAGUUAGCAGUUUGUUCCAUAGCCUCUACCUUGGACAUCUCUCACUGCCCCUUACCUAGCACUGUUCCCAACUAGCUAGGAGUCCCUUAGGAGGCCCCAAACUUCUACCUUAGGGAGCAAAAGCAAGAAGUAGGGGGUGCCCGCAGCAAGGUGUGAUUAUACAACCACACUCUCCUUCCCAUGGUUUGCACAGGCAGGCACUCCCCGCACACAGAACCAACGAAGUGCCUGCAUUCCUCUUGGUACAAGGACUCCAAAGACAUCGUGCACUCACCACCCACCCAUGCCACAACCAGCCUCUCAAGGCUCAGAGAGAAGCUGCCUGUACAGCUCCAUCCUGCCCAAGGCUCGUGGCCCAGCCAUUGCCCACAGAGAUCUGGCUGUCUUGAGGGCCUCACUCACCAGCAAUUUAAGGGCCUCACGUAAGCUUUACAGUGGGAAGCACAGAAGGAGAAAUUACACGAAACAGAAUGUGAGCAAAGAUUGGGAAUCCCUGGGUGCCCGCCUACCUUCCCCAGCAUCUGGUUGAGGGGGAAGGAGGCCUACUCUCAGCCCUGUCUAGUGUGGCCCUCCUCCUGUCCUAAGAUUUUUGGCCUACCACUUCCUGUCCCUUCCUGCCUUUCAUUGCUGUGGCUUAUAGGUGCCCACCCUAAGGGCUUCACACUAUGGGCCAUUAAUAGCUCUACGAAAGCUGACUUCUGGAUACACAUUUCACUAUUGGGGUGAGGGGUUCUUUGUUGUAUUUUAAAUGGCCUUUUGAUUUUAUUUAUUUUUAUGUUUUGAUUUUUUUUCCUUUUUUUAACUAAGAAGGCGAGAAGAGGGGAGUCGGAGAGGGAAAGGUAAUCCCAGAAGGAAAGCGUUUUCUGCAGAUCAGCCUGAAUUUCACCAUGGCUAGAUGAGCGAAUGCCAAAGCCUUGAAUUCUUCCCACCGAAGCCUACGAGGUCUAAAAAAGGAGUUCUCACCUUGAACUCAGCUUGCUAUGACCUGGCCCUAUACUUUCCUUGAAGUCAGGAUACCCAUAAGCUUAGCAUUCCCCAACAGGGUUCAGUUUUUUUCUUACCUAUUUUUUCUUGAAACCAAAGAAAUCUGAAACUGACAAAGGUUCACCCAUUUCUCCACCACCUCCCAUCUAAGAAAUUGGGUAGAAGGGAGCUCAGGAAGACAUCUUCCAUCUCACAAUUGCUUUCUCCAGCCUGUGGCCAGACUCAGGGAACUGAAAUUCAUGGUAGCUAGAAGCUCCAGCCAGGGCCACCCCCCUCUGCCCCCCAGCCCCCCAUCCCCCGCCCAGAGCAAAUUACGACCCAGCCAUGGUCUUAGGUGCACAAGCAACUAACGCUGCUGUUGUUGGCUAAUGCUGCCAAGGUCCUGACACCACUAGCCAGUUUCUGUCCUGAAAAAUUGGAAAAUCCCUCAGGUGGGCGACGGCAGGAAAGGAGUUGGCCAAAUGCUAGCCUACUAACCAGCUCUGUUCCCUGUUCCUCGCUCACUGGUGCCCCCAGUUCAUGUUGCACAGCCCUGCCCAGCAAGCCCUGACAUCUCUUCCAGUUACUGCUGAGUUCCUCGGGGUCCUUGGAGGUUAACUGUAGCAGCAGGGGUGCCUCACUCAGCCGAAGAAUUUGCCAAAGAACUUUGCUGCAGCUACAAACACUGGUCUCUAGCUUCCGUUUCCUCUUCAUUGUAUUUGGAAACAAUGGAAGAAUCUUGGCCAGCAGGGUGUCCUGAGGGGGGCCCUGGGUAUGCUCUUAGUACACUGCUGCUAUCAGAACCACUGUUAAAAUGUCAACUUGCCAUUCUCCCCUCAAAGGGAGGAGUCUACUCUAUUCAGGAAGGCUGAUGGCUUGUAAAGGGCUAGGCUGACCCAAGCUGAGGUGGAGGAAGGUGGGGGAGUGCUAUGAAUAGAGGCUGUGGUUGCCAUCUUUUUUUUUUUUUUUUUCUUAAACAGGCUCUAGGAUAAAUAAGGAGUAAGUUGAGAUGUCCCAUAUUGGGGGGUGAGGCCAAUAUAAUCCAACAUUCUAAGAUUUGGGGGGGUGCUUAGAACAGCUUUUUGGGAAACACAGGCCCAGAGAAAAGAGUGGUCACUUACCUGGACACAAUGACCAUGGUCUGUGAUUUUCUAGUCAGCAUUAGAUUGGUUGUACAUUAAAUUUAUCACACUAAAAGUA